AUAUUGUCAAACCAAGUGAAUUUUGUGGGCUUUAUGUAGUAAUUUGUGGGCGAUGUUUAACAAAUCCCAAAGUUUUGGCCACUCCAAUGAUAAACUCUAUUUCCUCAUCUUUGAGAGGAGUUUGAUAAAAUUACUACCAUAAUUAAAUAAUACUAGUAAAAAAUAAAAUAAAAUUAUAUUCAUCAAUAAAUCAAUAAAUCUUGUAUACUUGUAUAACAGUAGCAUAUAUGUGCAUCAUCUUCAAAUCACAUAAAAGUCGAGAACAUUAUUGUAGAGUCGUUUGGUCAAUAAUUAAAAGAUUUUCGCUUAAUCGUCGAAAUAACUAAGAACAAUGAUUUUACACAAAGUAAUGUGCUCAAUCAAAUAACUCACUCUUUAAAUAUCGAGUUACAUGGACAAGACAGUAUCCUAUAAACUACACGCGCAAAACAAUUUCUUAUGAACUACAAGUACAGAGUACUCAUUUACAUGUUCAAGUUCAACUUAUAACGAGUCAUAGUUUUGGGUUUUAAAAGAACCAAAAAAAAUUAAAAAAAAAAACCUUAUAUUAUAACUCCUGGUCCAGUGAGAAGAAAAUAAACAUUCAUGAGAAGUCUAGAAGCUUGGAAUGCACAUGAUUUUUACAGCAACUCCAAAAAUCCAAAACCCAGAAAAUCUAUGCUUCCAGAAAUGUCCACUAGAACCCCACUAAAAAUACCUCUAUAAAUAGCAUUUCAUAAAUUCAGAGUACUGUAACAUUAUUAUAUCAGCAAAAUCCAUCAUUAUCCAAUUUCCCAAAUCAACUUUUAAUUCAUCAAUCAAACAUGGCUCAAUCACUUUCCCAAUUUAGCAACACAAUUCCCUUUACAAAAUCAUCAAACACUUUUUAUCGGCAUUCUUAUAUUUACCCAAAAAUAAUCCCAGAUUUUCAGCAGAAAAAAUCUUGCUUUAAUGGAGGAAUUAAAGCCAUGAAAGCUGAUCGAAGGGAAAAUCCUGAGUAUUUGCAGAAAUCUGGGUUGAGGAGAAGAGAACCUUCUGCUGCUCCUAUUGGGUUAUGGGAUAGGUUUCCAUCUGCUAGAACAGUGCAACAAAUGUUGGAUACAAUGGACAGGAUGAUGGAAGAGCCGGUUGCAUACAACAGCAAUUGGCAAUCGCCUCUGUCCAACAACGGAGGUGAGUAUGUGCGUGGGCGUACACCAUGGGAGAUUAAAGAAACUGAGGGUGCAUAUAAGCUGAGGUUUGACAUGCCGGGAAUGACUAAAGAAGAUGUCAAGCUUUGGGUGGAGGAGAAAAUGCUAGUUAUCAAGGCCGAGAAGGUGUCCAAAAGUAAGGAUGGUCAAGAGAAUGGUGCAGUGGAAAAUGAAGGAGAUUGGCCUGCCAAGAGCUUUGGUAGGUAUAGUACCCGGAUUGCGUUGCCAGAGAACAUUGAUUUUGAGAAGAUCAAAGCUGAAGUAAAAGACGGUGUGUUGUAUAUAACGAUUCCAAAAGCUAGUAUUAGUAGCAAGGUGUUGAGCAUCAAUGUUGAAUAGUGGAUUGCUUUGUUGGGUUAACAUGAUCCACCCUCUUGUAUUAAUUGAUUGUAAAUGCUAGUGUUUAGCAAGCAUGCUACUAGAAGUAUGAAAUACAUGUAGUAAAAGAUAUAGCUCAUAUGUGUUAUGGUUGAUUGAGAUAAUGAACACAUUGAGCAGUGCAAGUAAUUCUAUGUAGUAAUUUUUGUCUCAUUAGUACUAGUAACAUAUUCACUACUACUUUUAGA